AUGGUCAAUGCGACGGCGACCUGGAGCCAGGCUGACGAAAUUUGUAGAAAUCUUGGGGCUCAAUUGGCAGUCAUCCCAUCGGCGGCUGUAGGAAAUUCAUUGAGAAGUUUGAAAAAUUGGCUUCAAAAAAAAUCAGAAAAACUUAUGAAUAUUUCUUUUAGAAGCCUUUGAUUUGAACAAGUCCUACGCGAUUGGUCAACAAGUUUGGAUUGGAAUCAAGGUUGAAAAUAUUAUUUUUUUCAAAAAAAUAAAUGACUUUCAAGGCUCCUUGGAAAAAUUGGUCUGAUGGAUCAUCUGUUUCCUACACGAAUUGGGCGACGAAACAGCCGGAUUCCGCUGAAGGGACCACUUAUUUGUAUUGUGGGACGGUUCGUUUUUGUCUCAUUUUGAGAGCUCACUCUUGGAGUUUUGAAAUGAGAGCUAGAUCAUUGGAUAGAGCUUGGAAAGAGCUUCAAAAUGACAUGAAUCAACCAAAUUUUGAUCUUCAAUCAGUGAACUUAGAGCAAAAAUCGUUACUUACACGUUAGCUCAAUUUUAAGAUGAAUAGUGAAAUUUUGAUUUUUCUAAGCUCAAACUGAGAGUUUUCAAAUGAUAGUCAUAUCAUUAGAAAGAGCAUUAAACGAGCUUCAAAAUGACACAAAAUCCAUUUUCAGUUCGUUCUGACGACCCUUUCCAAGGACAGUAAAUGGGGAACGACGCGAGGAGUCUGGAAUGACUACCCCUGUACACUGCGGCAACAACUGGCACUUUGCCAGAAACCCGUUUGAAAUAAAAAUUUGUGUCAUAAAGGUCUCAGGAAUGUCACUUUUUGUGAAGGAAAGGGGAAAGGAAGAAGUACUUCCAAAAAGAUGAGGCCUAGAGGUUCAAGGAUUUGAAGCGAUAGCGCAGCUGGUAGGAGACUCAAUGAUAAUUCAAAGGGUCAUUGGUUCGAUUCCUGAGCUUUUAUCGAUGGCGAAACGGUUAGAAUGUUAGAACGUCACUAAAGGGUCAUUGGUUCGAUUCCCCGUCUCGUUUUUAAGUUUUUUAGAAGUUCAUUACCAGUAAUUUUCCGGUAAGAGAUCGAAAGUUGUACGGAGAAGAUGACAGAACUUGAAAUGAGAAUAUAACUAACCCUAGGAGCGCAUAAAAUAGAAAGAAAUUGUGCUUCUACCUAUAGAGAAACGGGUAGAAGGUUAGAACGCCACUAAAUGGGUCAUUGGUUCGAUUCCCCGUCUCGUUUUUAAGUUUUGCCGAUAUUUAUUUUCCUUGAAAUUUUGACAAAAGGCUGAUAGUUGUACGGAGAAGAGACACUGCUUCAAAAUGAGAGUAAACUUGAGCUUAGGGACGCAAAAAAUAGAAAGAAAUAGAGCUUGUAUCGAUGGAGAAACAGGUAGAGGGCUAGAACGCCACUCAAAGGGUCAUUGGUUCGAUUCCUCGGCAUGUUUUUAAGUUUUUCAGAUAUUCAUUUUCCUUAAAAUUCCGAUAAAAGACUGAUAGUCGUACAGAAAAGAUAAAAAGCCUAAAAGUAGGUGGAAAAUCAAGCGAACCGCAAAAAAACUUCAAAAAUUGAACUUGUAUCGAUUGAGAGACAGGCUAGAACGCCACUCUAAGGGUCAUUGGUUCGAUUCUAGGCCAUGUUUUUAAGAUUUGCAAGUUUUAAUUUCUAUUUUCUGUUCAACAGCUCUCCGGAGAAGAUGACCAGUUUCAAAGCGAGAAUAAAAACUAGCUUAGACGCGUAAAAUUCACGAAAAAUCGAGUCGAGUUUCUACCGAUAGUGAAACGGCUAGAGAGCUAAACGUCACUCCAAGGGUCAUUGGUUCGAGUUUUGCAGAACGAAAUUCCAAAUACACUCUCGUUAAACCUACAAAAAGACUAAAAUACGUACAAAGUCUGAACUUUACUCUAAAAAAAAAAGAGGAAGUUUGAGCCACGCAAUAAUCGGCCUCGAACUGAGUCUGGAGUUUAAUCUGGGCCCAUUCGAAAGAUAUUUGCCCCGCGUUUCUGCCGCGAUGGCGUCGAUUGUCGUCCCACUCUUGCUGCUGGUUUUUGUCGAGAUUUUGCAAGGUUUAUGCAAAUUUUAGGGGUUUUAUGACAUUUUGAAGCUUCAGGGUUCGACGUGAAGUACAACAUCAGCGCGGAGCAGGUGAUCGCCGGUGAGUUGUAUGGCGUGGAACCGUGGGAAGUCGGGUGCAAAUUUUAG